AUGUGUCAGUGCCUGUGGCGCCCCUCUUACCUGUCCCUCUGCGGCUGCCACAGCGAGAACCAGCAGGCUCAUUGUGGCGGCGGAGACAUACCACCUCCUGGAAUCAGUGCGCCACCUCUGCUGUCGCUCCAGAAAUGGCCGCGGCGCAUCUAUGCAUGCUGCAUCUCUCCUACGCUCCACCCUAUGGAAUGGCAGCGUCCUGAGAAGGCGCUCUCAAAUGAUGAUGAAGCCCUUAUUAACAAAAAGUUACCUAAAGAACUUCUCUUAAGAAUAUUUUCCUUCUUGGACAUAAUUACUUUGUGUCGAUGCGCACAAGUUUCAAAGUCAUGGAAUGUCUUGGCCCUGGAUGGAAGUAACUGGCAAAGAAUAGACCUUUUUAACUUUCAGACAGAUGUAGAGGGCCGGGUGUUAGAAAAUAUUUCCAAAAGAUGUGGUGGAUUCCUGAGACAACUAAGUCUGAGAGGCUGUCUUGGCGUUGGAGACUCUUCUUUGAAAACAUUUGCACAGAACUGUAGAAAUAUUGAACAUUUGAACCUUAAUGGAUGCACAAAAAUCACUGAUAGCACUUGUUACAGCCUUAGCAAAUUCUGCCCUAGGCUAAAACAUCUGGAUCUGACAUCUUGUAUUUCCAUCACAAACAUCUCUUUGAGGAGUCUAAGUGAGGGAUGCCAAAAUCUGGAAUUCUUGAAUCUUUCCUGGUGUGAUCAAAUUACAAAAGAUGGUAUUGAAGCACUGGUGAAAGGGUGUAAUGGACUAAAGGCACUAUUUCUCAGAGGAUGUACACAGCUAGUAGAUGACGCACUUCACCAUAUUGAGACUCACUGCCAUGAGCUUGUUAUUUUAAACCUGCAGUCAUGUAUGCAAAUAUCAGAUGAUGGCAUAGCGGGUAUCUGUAAAGGAUGUCACCGGCUCCAAUCCCUUUGUGUUUCUGGUUGUACAAACCUUACAGAUGCUUCUCUCAUAGCUCUUGGUUUGAACUGUCCAAGACUGAAGAUUUUAGAGGCUGCAAGAUGUUCCCAUCUCACUGAUGCUGGUUUUACACUUCUAGCACGGAAUUGCCAUGAACUAGAAAAGAUGGACCUAGAAGAAUGUAUUCUGAUUACAGAUAACACAUUGAUACAACUUUCCAUUCAUUGCCCUAAACUGGAAGCAUUGAGCUUGUCCCACUGUGAACUGAUCACAGAUGAUGGGAUUCUGCAUCUAAGCAGUAGCACAUGUGGACAUGAAAAACUCCAGGUACUCGAGUUGGACAACUGCCUUCUAAUCACAGACGUGACUCUAGAACACCUUGAGAACUGCCACAACUUAGAGAGAAUUGAGUUAUACGACUGUCAGCAAGUCACCCGUGCAGGCAUCAAAAGAAUAAGAGCUCAUCUACCAGACGUGAAAGUUCAUGCUUACUUUGCUCCAGUAACUCCACCUCCUUCUGUAGGAGGCACUCGACAGCAACUUUGCCGCUGCUGCAUUAUUCUUUAACAGGUGAAGAGUUGCACUAAAGCUGUUUGAUGAAGGAAAGAAUGACUAGGCGCGUCCAUUGUUAACCUAUAAAGUGAUUUUUUAAAAACAACAACACCCAUCCAGUUCUGUAUUGAUCAUGAUUCCAGUGCAAAUUUGCAGGUAACAUAUUCUGCAGAUAUGGAGCGAUACUGGCCCUCUGAGCAAUGCCAGUUCUAGCAUUCUGCUGUUGCAAUGCCAACAUGGUACUAGCUAUUGUACAGAUAAGAGUGUCAAAUUCCUUGAUUCUGCUGACUGAAAAUACUAAAUACCAACAGGUAGAACAAUGCUACUCCUUGAGCAGUAGCUCCAAUUAAAGUGUCUGACAAUCACUAAGGCAAGCUUUAGCAGAUGUA